AUGAGCACACCAGCGACGGGGAAGAAGUUCAUAGUGAUCGCACCCGCUGCCACGAAUGACCGGCGAAAGAAGCUCAACGAGCGGCGGGCCACGGCCAAGCCCUCCAGAGAGGAGGUUGCCGAGAUGCGCCGAAAGAUGAAAGAAGAAGACGACGACGACGACGAUGAAGACGAGGACGAGGACGAAGACGAGGGGGGAGAGCAAAAGAACGAAAGAGAAGCCAACAACAAGAAAAAGAAGAACGAAAGCGAAGGAAGCCCGCGGGGGAGGGUGACCGCGAAGGAGAGCGAGGAGAAGCGGGAGGAGCUGCUGGCCAAGGCCACCGAGCUGAGGGCCAAGGGCCAGGAGCUGCGGGCCAAGGGCCUGGAGAUCAAGAGCCAGAUGCGGCGCCGGCUCGAACGCCUGAGCAGCCUCCAGCAGCGCUCCAUGGAACGCGGCCGACGCCUCACCAUCGACGCCUACCAGGUGGACAGCAUUGCGGCCAACAUUCUCAAGAAGGAGGUGCAGAAGGGCGGCGAGGACGCGAAGCCGCUGCGCGGGAUUCUGAAGCGGGCGAUCGAGCGGAAGAAGAUCCAGCAGCGCAUGACCCUCCGCGCCGCCUCUCUCCGCGAGUACGAACAGAAAAUGGCCAAAAGCGUUCGGUGGGACUUGACGGAGGCGCAGCAGGUCAAGGAGAGCGAGCGGGAGCGGAUCGAGCAGGAGAAGAACGACCUGGAGCGGCGCGCGCGGGACGACCGCUCGUCGCUGGUCAAGCUCGUCCUCGAGAUCCAGCGGCGCGAGCUCGAGGACCGCAAGCACCUCGAGGAGAAGCGCAACAGGAGCGCCAGAAGGUACGAUGCGCAGGAGAAUCUGUAUCAGCGCGAGUUGGAGCUGCGUGAGAUCGAAGACCAGAUCAAGUUCCUCGAGCAGUUCGAAUUCGAAGCCACCCAGGCGACGGAGGAAGAUCAGGAGAUUGUGCGGCUGCGGGAGGAGAUCAAAGCGCUGGAGACGGAGCUGCUGGAGAACAUACGGGUCGAGCGCGAGCGGCGCCAGCAGCAGCAGGAGCAGGCGGCGGCGUCGGGUGGCUGGCAGCCGGCCGUCUCUCCGCGCGAGGAGGAGGAGGACGAGGAGAUGCGCAGCCUCAAGGAUGAAAUCCUCAAAAUGGGCUUGGGUGCGUCGGAGCUUCAGGAGGCGACUGCGGUGGCGGUGGCGGCGACGGCGACUGCGGCGGCAGCGACGGAGGAGGACGACGCGGUGCCCGAGGAGGACGAGGAGACGGAGCGGGCGGUGGCGCAGCAGCUCGAAAUAGAAGAGGAAGAGCAAAGAAAGAAGCAGGAGAAAGCGAAAGCGGAGGAAGAAGAGCGAAAGAGGCAACAGGAGGAAGAACGAAAGAGAAGAAAAGCGAAGGAGGAGGAAGAGGAACGCGAACGCGAAAGCGAACGAAAAAAGAACGAAGCCGCCGCCGCCGCCGCCGACGAAGCGAAGAGAAAGGCCGAAGCCGAGGCCGCAGCCGCCAACAACACGACCACCACCCCGGCCCCGAAGAGGGCCGUCAGCCUGCCCGACUCCUCGCCCUCCUCGGCCCCGCCCCUGUCAUCGUCACCCUCGGCUCCGGCCCUGUCUUCGUCGUCGUCGCCUUCAUCAUCGACGUCGACGCCUCCGUCGGGCUCGGCGGUGAGUCGGGUGGCGGGCGCGGCGCGCGGGGGCCGGCGGGCGAGCGCGGGCGACAAGAAGAGCGGCGGCGGCUUUGGCACCCUGACGCGGGGCGACGCCAAGGGCCUCCGCGCCAAAUGGGAGUCCAUCAGCGCCCCCUCGUCCCCCUCCACCCCGCCCGCCGCCGCCGCCACCGCCACGUCACCCGCCGCCCGCAAGUCGCCCCUCGCCGGCGCCUCGUCCGCCUCAUCUUCAUCUUCAUCGCCCUACAAGCCAUCGUCGUCCUCUUCAUGA